UCCAGGUCCAGGCAAGCUCCAUGGGGGUGAAAAAACCCGAGAGAGGAGACGAAUAACGGUACACUCCAAUAUAUAUGGAGCCGAUCCCCGCAUUUAACCGCACCACAUCGGCGUCUCCUCCUGUGAUGCAUACAUGAAUAAAUGUGUUUGGAAACGGACGCGGUGAACGGCGUGUUGGGGCUGACGAAAACAAGCGGUCCACCAUUGUCUGCGUAGAAAUAAGAAUGGCCUGGAUGUGUAAGAGGAAGUCGUUGAUUGCCACCAGUCUGGUCGUGGCGGUGUCGCUCUUUGUGGUCGUGGUAUACUACGCUGAGAAGCCCUACUUCCUCCUGCAGCCAGUGUUCGGUCAGACGAUCAGCAGCCACCAGAUGUUCUCCAAGCAGCCCUAUAAGGCCUUCAAGCCUCACCCAGGCUAUGUUAGCAUUCCCAAACAAGAGCAUCUGAAGCUGCACUGUGAGCUCUGCAGCAUCGUGUCCAGCUCUGGCCAGAUGUUGGGCCAGGCUGCCGGCCCGCAAAUCGACCGCUCUCACUGCAUCUGGCGGAUGAACAACGCGCCCACAAGGGGCUUCGAACGUGAUGUGGGCCAGCGGACCACGCUGAGAGUUGUCUCGCACACCAGCGUCCCCCUACUGCUGCAGAAGCCCCAGUACUUCUUCGGCCAGGGUAAUGACACUGUGUACGUCGUGUGGGGGCCGCUACGAAACAUGAGGAAGGAUGGGAAGGGCAUUGUGUACAACAUGCUGCGACAGGCGGCUGAGAACUACCCUCAUGCACGCAUCUAUGUCACCACAGAGGACAGGAUGAAAUACUGCGACAUGGUCUUCAAGAAUGAGACGGGUAAAGACAGGAUCCAGUCAGGCUCCUACCUCAGCACUGGCUGGUUCACGCUCAUCCUCGCCAUGGACAUGUGCAAAGAGAUCCAUAUCUACGGGAUGAUAAAUGACACCUAUUGCAAGACGGAGGGUUACAGAAAGGUUCCCUAUCACUACUACGAGGCGGGCAGCCGGGACGAGUGUGCAGAGUAUCUGCUCCAUGAGAGCGCCCCCUACGGUGGGCACCGCUUCAUCACCGAAAAGUCUGUGUUCACCAAGUGGGCCAAAACUCAUGCCAUCAAGUUCUUCAACCCACUUUGGCAGCUGUCGUGACCCUGGCUGAACCAACAUGGAAAUACUACACCAUCAUCGUCAUUAUCAUCAUUGUCGUCAUCUGGGGACCAGCUGGGCCUCUACCCUGACCGAAAGUGUGUUCCCUGAUGUGCACAAACAUCAUUUUUGGCACAAAUUCCACUUCACAUCUAUUUUAAAAAGGUUGGUUGAUGGCUGCUGGAUGGCUAAUAUCCAGGAAGUGCUGUUUUUUUUUUUUUUUUGAAGGCCACUCAAUCAGACAGACUGCCGGUCAACCUGGACAGCAAAAACAUAUCUCUUGCUUCUUAAGUCUUUUUCCUCUGAAUUUGAGAGCUGAAGUAAGUGCACAGCUCGCCACUCUUUAUUGACUAAUCGAUCCAUUCGCUGCUCUGUGAGUUAAGCAAAGGAUGGCUUGUAGACUAAUUUAAAAAAAAAAAGAGGAGAAAACAACAGGAAGAAGUGACAACCAUCUGUUCACUUUCUGUGACCUCAGCAGCUCACAUGUCUGCAGGACUGCUGAAUUAAAGUUUUUUUCAGGACUGUAGAGCUCAGCUGCUGUCGAGACGGGUCACGUUGCCAUGGAUGCUUGACGAGCUUGCCUACUCUGUUUCUUCUGCGCGUCUGUCUUCUUCUGUCAGGCUGUAAUUAAUCUAUAACAAGUAUCAUUCAGGCCUUUGUCUGUGACUGAGGGAUCAUUGAAGGCAAUUUUCAAUUUAUUCUGUGCCGUCUAAAAAAGCUUCAACAAACAAGGUCAUUUGAAAAAAGGAGACAGCAAAAAAGAAACGGAUUUCAGUCAAACUCCAAGGUGAACCAGAGUUGUACAUGUAAAUCAGCUUUUUUAUAUCAUUAUGCUUGGUUGUUAAGCUGUGUGUAAACUCAGACUCAGCUUAAAGAUGUCAGCUUUUUUUUUAUUUUAUAAUGCUGUGAAAUCUUUUGGCUUGAUGUCGGGAUAGGUUGCUAAUUUAUUCUGCGAGAUAAGUUAACACUCUUUAACAGUGUGCUAUUGACAAUGUGGGCAUCACAGCACAUAGAGCAAUGUGCAAUAAGAAACUCCAUACUUACGGAAGGAGUUAAAUCAUCUGUGGCCCCGCAGAGGGAGAGAUUUAUGUGUGCAGUGAAACCAUUUGAAGUUAAUUGUAUUCUAUUAUCAUUUUGUGCCUGCAAUAUACUCUGCAGUCCAUUGUAGAGACGGAGAAAGAGGCGCUCUCUCUCUCGCUCAUAUUCUCAUCCAGCUUUGUGCCUCUUUGUGUACAGUAUCACUGUGUGAACACAUCUUCCCAUUUGUCUUUGAACGCAGCGUACAUGUCUCCUGGUUCAGGUCAUUACAUUUGAAUGCAUCUGAUUCAGGACAGUGAAGAAUAAUCAGUGGCAUGCUGAGGUAUGUAAGUUCGCUGGUAGCUGUGGAGGGCUGAGACCGUGACUCUUCCCCUGGCUGUGAUUAGUGUCCCGGUCAGAGCCGCGGCCCAGAGGGGAGGACUGGAAGGAUUCAAAGUCUUCUAAUUUAGGCGACUUGAUGCACAGGGUCCCUGACGACUGUAAUAUACUGCAGCAGAGCUUUACAAUCUCACUCCUACUGCACUGUUUACUAGCACACAUAGGCACUCCAUUUUGGACUCUUUCUCAGUAAGCAUCGGUUUGGUGAUUUACAGGUCAAAAGACUUGCGGGUUUCUGGAUAUCUUGGCAGAGACGUAGCUACCGUUGAGGUAAUGCUGUUGAAAUAAAUGAUUAUAUGUAACCAAGACAUCUAUAAAAACUACCCCCUCUUCCACUGCUCAAACUUUUUCAGGACCCCAGGAAUAUUUUUAAGAAAUCUUCAGUUCCUUGCCCCCAAAAAGUUCCCACUCUGUGUGUAGCACAUACCCCCAGGAACUAAUCGACUGGAGUGUGCUCCUGUAUAACUUGUGUACAACAUUCAUUCACACAGCAAGCAAGCAAACAAUAGCCACUGGUAUUCAUAUGACUAGCAGUGGAAAUGUCUUCUAAUGUUUGUUGAUGUUGCAUGUAACUGCAAAAACAAUAAUGACUCUUUGUUGUUUUGAAAAAUUGCAUCUCAAACAAAGCUGCAUUUGUUGCUCCAUUAUCAGUCCAGUUCUUCACUUGCAGUGGAAACACAACCAAAAAUGUUUUUCAUUUUGUUCAUGAGUUUAGUUAUGUGGUUGAAAAGGGGCUAAUUAACUUUUCAAGCUAAUUUGGUUUUUCUUAAAAAGAAUUUUCAUCAAACUACUAUUUCCAAGAAUUAACUUUCAUGCACACUGAUAGGAAGUCCUAAAAGUGCUAUGGAUGAAAUCAUAACAGCAACUGUCAAGUUAUACAUCUGAGCUAUAAAUGUAGAUUGUGCGACACAGUUGAAAGCUCCAGAAAAAGCUAAUAUUUUAAAUUUAUUCCACUUUUAACCCAGAUGUCUAGACAUAUUUUGACCUGCAAACAACCCAAACCCUGCUUUCUGGGUUCUUGUGUGUCAGCUGCAUGUUUGGAAAACAAAACAUGUUUGGCUUGAGGAACAGGAAUAGAACAUCUGAUCCCUCUCUGUUUUCCAUACAGAGUAAGGCACCCCAAAACUUACAAAGAAUGACCUACAACUCUGAACUCAUUGUAAGUCCGCCUAGCUGACAAGAGCAUCAGCAAAAUGUAAAAACUCCCUAUUUUAAAUUCCACCUGGUGUAGCUCAGCGUGUAGGAGAUGACCGUAACACAGGCGGGGUCAGGGGGCAGAUUUCCUGUGGGACUGCACGUGCUCGAGAGGUAUGCAGUAUCCCGGCACUGCGAGCAUCUGCAGAUCAAAGUAUAUCAACCACACAAUGUAAGUAAAGCAGAAACGCUUACGGUAUUAUUUCUCCUGUUAAGGAAGCCUGAAGAUAAGAUCUGGGCCUCUCAGUAUCUUGAUACUGAAUUCAUACAGUAUGCCAUGCAUGUUACAUGAUUAAUGUACAUCUUUUAUACAUUUCCACUCAUCCCGUGAUUGUGCAGUCAUCUGGCAGCUCUCCACUAAUCAGUUUUACCUCUGCUGUACAGUAUAUCCACCGUUAAUUGUAAAGCGCUUUACACCAAGAUUUUAAGUUGUUUAGUUGUCCCAUCUUUUUGAGGUGUGUUAUGGUGCAUUAUGUAUUUUGUUUUAAAUUGUUUACUCACAACUGGAAGAGUUUCUUUCUGUUCAUCUUCCAUCCUUCUUUUAAUGAGUUUUUUUUAAAUAACGGUUGCUUUUAUUUUUUGUUGAUGCAGUGGUAUGUGGGCUGCAUUGUUUUUCUGCUGCAGAUCCCGUGUUGCCAACAUUUUCUGCUGCUUCAGGCUGUGCUCUUGGUUAUUUUUCUCAUCAACAAACGCUUCAUUGUUCUCGGCCAGAACACACUGGAAGAAUACCCAGAGAUAUUAUGGAAAAUACACCCUUAUAUAGGCUCCCAUGAAUCAUCUGUCGCUUGCAGGAAGAGGACUGGAGAUACAUUAGCUGUAAAUUAGGAACACUAUGAAUGAAAGUGUGAGCAUAGUGGGAGGCAAAAUAUACUUUUAACUUUCAGGGAUCCUUUUUUUUUCAAGAAGAUUUGUUUUAACUUUAAAGGAACAGUUUGACUUUUUGGAAGAAAAAAAACACUUAAUCGCUGUCUGGUAGUUGGAUGACAAGUUUGAUUAUACCACUCCUAUGUCCGUACAGCCAGCAGCUGGUUAGCUUAGCUUAGCACAAAGACUGGAUUCAGGGGGAAACAGCUAGCCUGGCAAUGUCCAAAGGUAACAAAAUCCACCAACGAGCACCUCUAAACUCAUUAAUUAAGAAAUAUCUCAAUCACAGUGUAAAAACAAGCUGCUCUGAGCUGUUGCCAGGCAACCAGCUGAAAUUCCAGAAAGAGCUAGCCUCUGCUUCACUAACUUCUGUAACUCAAUUCAAUCUCUCAUUUAGCACUUCUUACGUUGGUCUUUCUGGGGGGAAAAUGAAGCGUGUUCCUGGAGUUUACUUUGCAUAUUCUAAAACAAAUCUGCACCCAGUACAGCAGGUACUACAGUAUAAGAAGUUAAGGCCUUUGUGAUUUUAACGAUUACUUUGUGAGAACAGAGAAAACUACAACUCCCAUGAAAAUCGUGGGAGUUGUAGUUUUCAUCAUGCGUACUUGGUACUAGUAAAACUUGGUUCUGUCUAUAUCCAUAAAACUCACCAAUGCUCUCUUCUAAAAGUCAUUUUCCCAACUCCUUAGUUGCAAUCUUUGCUAUCUAAAAAAAGUGUUCAGUCUGCCAACAAAACAGAAAACUACCGUCAUUAUCCAAACAUAUGAAGCGAGCCACACCACGUCUGUUCCAAAGCUGCAUUCUUAGUUAUUAUAAUUGUUACAAAUGUCAGUGGACUUUUGAAUGAGCUUUUCUUACUUUUGGAACAGAACCUGGAAGUUCUGGUUUCACUUCGGCUCUCUAUAACUCCCCAUGAAAUCAGUGAAUUGAUGUUUACUUUUAGGUUUUUGUACUGGUUAAACAAACAAGAUCUAACUUGUAAAGUUAGUGAGCUUUAUUUUGACAGUCUUUGUGCGAAGCUGAGAUAACUAGCUACAACUUAAUUUCUAUUCUCAAUUAACUAUAAUGCCAAAAAGCAAAUUAAUUUACCAAAUUAUUGACCUAUUCCUUAAAUAACAUUUGUUAGCCCAGAAUUCUUGUUAAUUUCUGAUUCUGGCUUUUUUUUUUACAUUCCCAACUUGAACUGAUUGGCCUCAUUUCAAGUUUGUUUGGAAAUGGUUUCAUCCAUCCUCUCAAACGUGAAGCAGACUCUUCUCUUUGUACCUCGCUGUAUAUAUGCAAAUGGAAACAACAUUGCUUGUACUCAGCUGCUCAGAAAUGGAAUGAGCUCUCAUUGUUCGCUUGUUGUAUAAUGCAAAGUUUAAAAGCAAAUUAAAGCAGAGCUGGCUUAAAAAACCUGAUUGAAACGUCUCGGUCUGGAGGUCUGCGGAACAAAGAUGUGAAUUUCAGUAUUCCUCAGCGUUUAAAAUGCUCUUAUUAUUUUUGGCAGUUUUUCCUUCUUUGAUCUGUAAAAAUAAUUAUUGUCUGUUUUGGAGUUGAGAGUUGAGAUUUUGAGAGUCUGACCUUGCUAGUUUGUAGCUUUUUUCCUCCUGACUUGUUGCCGUUUUCUGAAAUGCCUCAAGUGCUUUCUUAUAAUGAAACUUUUAUUUCCUGUGUGCAUGUCUAACAAUAAUUUGUUUGUGUUGUGAAGCACUUUCCUUUUUUUUUCAUUUUCAGGUCAAGUGUCCUUGUGAAAUGUGUAACUUUGGGUGUGUUUUGAGUUACAUAGAAUGUAAUAUAACACUGAGGUUGUUAUGAUGAAAGUUGUUUGUGCUAACACAACUAACACACUCCUUUUUUAUUGGUGGUAAAAUAACAUUCAAAUGCUGCAUGUAUUGCAGGUUAUUGAAAUGUACUUUUUGUCAAAAGAUAAGUGGUGAUUAUACGUAUUAUUUUUGUCAUUUGCUGUCUACAUAUUAACUAAAAUUAGAUAUAUUGUGAAUGUUCCUUUUUUUACCAGCGUGUCCUCUGUGUCUUUUAUUCUCUGUGGGGAUUAAAGAAAAUCAAAAAAAAAAUAUAUAUAUAAUUAUAGCCCUUUCUAAACAAAACAAGCACCACCAGAAUGUGAGAAACCUGGUAAGAUGUGUUCAUGUUAUAUGAAUGGAGCUCAAGCUGAGCUGCCAUCUCAAAUCUGGCGUCCCAUGAGAUUUUUAAAACAUCAGUGAAGGAGCAGAGAUGUGCCGAGUUCAGACAGGUCUUCGGAGUUUCAGUGAGCAUGAGAGUUUUUUAUGUAACAUCUGCAUAAAUAAAGAACACACGUUUUAAAUAA